AUGGUGGCAGUGACGCAAGCGAUUGAGCACGAACCACUCUUCGAGUUCAAUCCGGCUGCACCGGAGUUCAGUCCGUCGCAGUUUCCCGUGGACGGCGACUCGACAGGUUCCAUGCUGGGGUCUUCCGAGCGGCUGGCGAAGAGGGUCGGAUGCAAGAAUAAUCGUCCGCCGUUGCCUCAAGACCGUGGCGAGAAGGAAAGUGCGAGUGGGCAGGAGCCAGAGCCGGAAUCACGAGCUCUGAGCUGCUCUCCACUGCUUCCGCGCCGUUCGGGCCACCCAUCCCAGCGACAGGCAGGCAGAAGGCCCUGUGCGACUGCACCAGCUUCACCUGCCCUCAGCAUGGGUGGAAAGCUAGGGCCCUGCCGCCGCGGCAGCGAAGAGGUCUCCACACUGGUCAUAAAAAACUUGGCGUUAGACUUCCGCAAGGAGGAUGUGGAGCUAUUUCUGGAAAGCAUGUGCGUGGGAGCUGCCGAGGUUGACAUGCAUGUCGACCCCGCCAGUGGAUCCUUUCGAGGCACGGCGUUCGUCCGGUAUGCUUCCCCUGCAAAGGCACGGGAGGCUUUGCAGAAGCUUGGGCCGUCUCCAGACAUUGGUGGUAGAAAGGCGAGAGUCGAGGUUCAGAAGUCCAAGAACCUCUUUGGUCGCAGAAAUGCAGGUGGCGAGUUGCCGCAGGAGCUAACCCUGGUGCAACAAGAGAUAGAGCUGUUCCUGCAAGGCUUCGAGACAGAGGUUUGCCUCUCGGCUACUUUCGAUGCCCAUCAGCGCAAGUAUGCCCACUCGUUGGCAGAAAGGCACAAUCUCGUGCAUGCCACAAGACAAAAUGAAAGUGGGCAGACGUACGUCUACCUUAGCAAGUGCCGGCCGAGCCAAGCCGCCGGGAACAGGAAGAAGGCUUUCUCGAUGGAUGCUCGUGGUACGCCUCAGCUCGGUGCAGCUGGAGGCGCACUAUGCGACAUGGGCUACGAGGCACAGAGUCAGAGCUGCUAUGUCGGGCCUAUGUCUCCUCCAGGCCUCCUGUUCCAAGGGCUGGAGUUGGGCACGCCGGUCCUGGGACCCGAGUUGCUGGCAGGGUCCGAGGAUGCCAUGUUCAUGCUUCCCAGCGCAGCAGUACCACUUCUUCCUCCUGGAAUUGAUCCUUCGAUUGGUCUGCCAGGGGUGACGCUGCCACCAGCGUGGCCUGCCGCUGGCAUGGUGUUAGGGACUGAGCCCCCGCCUGGCCUCGGCUUAGAGCUACAAGGUCUUGCAGAGCUUGCUGAAGGACUUUGCAAAGACCUGGUGGAUCCAGAGGAGUUCCACUUGGAUUUCAAGCACGCCUGUCCUCCGUCUGAUUCGGCAAUGUCCACGGAGGACAGAAGCUCCCAGCGAAGUGACGACACCGAUCACUGCUGA